ACGUUUAAUACGUUAACGGCGGGUAUUACGAAGAUUAGUUUUAGCCUAAGUAAGGAAAUCGUCGCCCUAGGUAUAGUAGAAGUAGAGAUAUACUUCGGAACGAUAACUUUUUAUAUUUUACCCAUUAAUACCCUAUUUCUCCUAUGUUUAAAAGAUAUAGAUCGACUAGGUAUUAUAUUUAAUAAUAUAAGGAAUAGAAUCUCUAGCGGUAAGUACUUCGAAGUAGUCGAACGACGAUGGGGGUAUGCGUUUAUAAAGCUUACUAACGAUACGAAGUCGAUUAAUUACCUAACGGAAAGUAAGCUUAGAAAACUAUACUGGAGAUUUAGGUACCUAUUGGUUACGAGGCUAUAUAACCUUUUAAAAUAA